AAUAUCAAAAUGUUUGUCAUAUAUUGAUUUUAAUGGCAGAAAACUAUUUAAGGCAGCCAUGCUAGUUAUCGGAGACGACGUUAGUUGUAUGUCACUUAGACUAAGUAAAUGUGUCUUUGGAGUAUUCAUUUAAGUCACAAAUGUGGCAUUGAAGUAUUCAUUUAAGUCACACUAUUGGCAGUAACGGUAUGAUUAUGAUUGUCUACCUCUGCUUUAUAAGGUGGGUACGAUUCCAGACAAACUUGGCCCUUAAAUCCUGAUAGGAUACCCAUAAAAAGGACAGACAUGUUCAUGUGAGACGUUAUUGACGAAACUGCUUCAACAAGGACUUGACGUAGACGAUUCAGAAUGAGAACAAAUUAUCGGCGAUUAAUGCACAAUUUGGUCUGACUGUAUGAUUGGCGGUAAUUUGAACUGCAAUUUGAAAAUUGUUCAAAAGGGCAAAACUUUUGACUUAUAACAGGCUACAUACAGACCCCUCAGAGAAAAAUUGCAACGGAUUUUUAAGGAAUUAAUUUUAAACGAAAUGGCUUCAUCCAUCACGAAAGCACAGUUGCCAUUGUCUUGUCAGCUUUGUGACAAUCCUAACGUUAUUAAACGGAAGUGUAAGGACUGUGAAUUGUAAAUGUGUGAAAACUGUAAAGAACGUAUCCAUCCCAGAUUUAAAUUGUCCGAAACACAUGAUAUAGUUUCCAUAAAAGAUAAUGGAAAGGAGGAAGUUGCUAUUUCAGCUCAGUUUGGAUCGUUACAAAUUUUACAACCAGUGAUAUCGUCACCCAUAUCUACGUAUACGUCAGAUGUUCCUGAUUUCAGUAAAAUUCAAUAUUCUGGCAAUGACACAAUCUACUGCUCGUACAAUACAGAAGAGAAUGGAUAUAAGUUUUUCAUUAUUCGAUUAUUGAAAGAAUCAAUAAAACUAUUGCAGACAUUAGAUAUAAAAUGUACAGAUUUUGCACUCGGCAAAAAAGAUGAAAUAUAUUACGGAAAUUUCCAUGGUUCAGAGUUGAAAGUUUUAUCAAAUGACGGUGGCACAAAAAAAGUUCUUAGCACUUCACCAAUGAUUAUAUUGGGUCUGCAUAUCAAUAAAGACAACGAGAUUAUCCUAGGUCUAAGAGAACAAGGGUGUCCAUUUCCAGUAACAGAUGUCUCUACCAGACAAAUUGCUGUAUUCGGUGAAUCCAAAAAACGGAAAUUAUUAAUUGAGUAUGAUCAAAAGAGUAAAAAAUUGUUUAGUUAUAUCUGGAGAAUAUCCACUGAUUUAUAUAACAACAUCUAUGCAAUUGAUUUAUUUGAAAAUUUAAAUGGGCGUUUAGUCGCGUUAGAGAGAUCUGGUGGCGUUAAAUUCAUAUACGAAGGUCACAGUGGUGUCAAUUCAUCACCAACACCGUUCAAUCCAUCGGGUAUUGUUGUCACAAAGACAAAUAUCAUAAUAGUCUCUGACAAAGAUAACCAUUCUCUACAUGCAUUGAAUACAAAAGGAGAUAUAAUUGGCUUACAAACCUUAACAGAUCUUGGAGUAACAUAUCCGGCCAGUUUGUGCUUAGAUAGCGAAGGAUUUUUGUUGAUUGGAUGCUACACAAUCGUCAACGAAGGAAAUAUUGCCAAAAUUCAUGUCGCGAAAAUAACAUUGUGAUUUAUUUCUUUAGAAAAUGACAUAUAAUAAACUUUUUACAUAGUUUUAACCUUAAAAAAUAUGACACAAAAUAAAGAAUAGAGAAUAAUGGGGUGCAUAAUAUAAAGAAUAGAGAAUAAUGAGGUACAUAAUAUAAAGAAUAGAGAAUAAUGGGGUGUAUAAUAUAAAGAAUAGAGAAUAAUGGUGUGUAUAAUAUAAAGAAUAGAGAAUAAUGGGGUGUAUAAUAUAAAGAAAAGAGAAUAAUGGGGUGCAUAAUAUAAAGAAUAGAGAAUAAUUGGGUGCAUAAUAUAAAGAAUAGAGAAUAAUGGGGUGUAUAAUAUAAAGAAUAGAGAAUAAUGGGGUGCAUAAUAUAAAGAAUAGAGAAUAAUGGGGUGUAUAAUAUAAAGAAUAGAGAAUAAUGGGGUGUAUAAUAUAAAGAACAGAUAAUAAUGGGGUGUAUAAUAUAAAGAAUAAAGAAUAAUGGGGUGCAUAAUAUAAAGAAUAGAGAAUAAAGAGCAAACAUUUAAAGAAUAGAGAAAAAUGACAUAAAAAUUAAAGAAUACAGAAAUUAAGGACCCCAUCUACACCCUCUUGAAAGUUUGUUUAAUAAUUUCUUGAGGAAACUGCACACAAUACUGUUGUUCUGUACGGUUCCUGUUGUUCAUGGAUGAAAUCUACUUCGAGUUACGACAGAUUCUAUGAGAGUCAUUUCAUAUUUUUCAUGUCAGCAGUUACUGUACUUUGGUACUUUCAGCUAUUGCCAGUAACGGUAUAUUUGGGAUUUUUUUCUUUUCAAAUAUAUUUCCAAAUUUCUCGGAUUUUCAAAUUUAAUUGUUGAAUAUAUGCAUUUGAAUAAAACAAUGCAAUUUUGCUUUAAAA